CAACGGACAUCAAUUGCACACAGGUUCCUAGUUUCAAAUGUGUGCAACGGGGUGUACCAUUGCACAUGAUUUUUUUAAUGUGACUCAUGUGUGAUGUGAUUUGCCCAAUCUGCAAAUUAAGUGAACACAUUGGCACUGAAAAUCGGUUGGAAAUUUAACGCACAUAUUGGCUGGAAUAACUUGAACUAUAGGACAUGGAGUUUCUGCACUCGGGUGCAUAUGCACUGGGAUGAAUAGUAAAAUCGGAUGAAAUAGGGGGGAAAUGUGAUUUGUUUUUUUUAAUAAACAUUGUUGAAUGUUGUCUCAACUUGCAAAGUUUUGUGGUGAAAAAGCAUUCGGAGGUCUCGGGAAAGAAAAAUAAAAAUGAUGUUCAAAAGAGCAAUAAUUUAAAGUACUUUGGAACGUUGAUUUUGUGCUUUUUUUUUGUCCAGAACUCCACGGGUGUUUUUCCUUCACCAACUUUGCAGGUUGCUAAAACGUUCAAAUGCUAGAAUUAUUUGAUUUUUUUUUAGAAUUUACUGUCCAUCACAGACGCAUAUGCACCCAGGAGCAUCACCUCCAGACCUAUUGUGUCUUACAUAUCAUACUUGUUAUUACAGCCCGAACAAUAGAUCAGGAUUGUUAUAAAACGUAUCUAGUUGAGUGGUAAAUUUUUAUCUCUUCUUUAUCUCUACUACUUAAAAAGAAUGUAAAAUUUCAUGUUUCGCUUUUCUUUUUACCACCCCUUCGCCCAACCUUCCUUGUAUGAUUAACAAUCACAUUAAUUUACUUUCCUUCUAAAUCAAUGCCACUUUAAUUCACUUACCAAACUUAUCAUCAAAAUAUAAGAUAAAUCACAGACUUUAAAAAAAAGGUAAAUCACGGGUAUGAUUUGUUAAACACUUAUUUACACAAUCGCAUAAAUAUAGACAGUUAAUCACAAGAUAACAUAUUAGCAUAUUUUAUAUCCCGUUGCAACACACCGGCAUUGUGCUAGUACUACUUAAAAAGAAUAUAAGGUUUCAUGUUUCACUUUUCUUUCUGCCACCCUUUCGUCCAACCUUUUUUGUAUGAUAAUCAAUCACUUUAAUUUAGUUAUCUUCUAAACCAAUUUCAUUUCAAUUUACUUACUAAACUUCUCAUUAAAAUAUAAGGUAAAUCAUGGGCAGGAAUUGAUAAACAUUUAUUUACACAAACGUAUUAAUAUGAGCAGGUAAAGGUAACAUAUUAGAAUAUUUAUACCAUGCUGCGACACAUGAUCAUUGUCCUAGUAAGAUUCUGUAAGUUUACUGCAACGAUAAUUAUUGGUUAAUUUAUACUACUAACAAAUCGAUGGAAAUUGCGUGCGCAAAUGGAUGUCUAGCAUGCACUUUUGGGAUUAAGAGUGGUCAACAUAAGUCUCACCUUUUCCCUCACAAAAAAUUAAACACAAGUCUCAGCUUUGUACUAAUAACUCGCUACUGACACAAUGGAGUAAGUAUAAGUAUAGUAUCUCCCAAAAAAGUACUAGUGCCCCUACAUACAAGCGAAUCUACUGUAGGUGCAAAAGAAAACAUACAAUAGAAUCGAUUUGCAUGCACGUUGGAAUUCAGAAUGUUUUCAAUACUGGGAAAGUCGCUACCUGGAAUCACACGUUGCAUCAGGUAGCUAGCAUGCAGUAGCACCCACUAGGAGGAGGCUAGCUUAGCCACUCAUGCCGGUAUAAGUACAGGGCCCUGCUUCUCCAGCAUUUUCCUCCUGUCCGGCCGAGAGAUAGGGUUGUUUUCCCCGGCCUGUCCUCGCUUCUUCCCAGCCAGCCACGAGCCACCUCCCACAAACCGAUGCUAGCUUUGACUGCCCUGAUCAGAAGAAUCUAGCUAGCGACCAGACCGCCACUGCCAUCUCUUCCAAAUCAAACCACUGAUCGAUAAAAAUACACGAGCUCCAUCUCCACAAUGGCUUCGGCGAACAACUGGCUCGGCUUCUCGCUCUCCGGCCAAGGGAACCACCCACAGCCCCACCAGAACGGCUCACCCGCCGCCGCCGCCAUCGACGGCGACUUCUAUGGCCUGCAAGGCCAGACGGCGCCGGAUGCGCACCUCGGCAUGUCCGGCCUCCGGGCCGACGCCAACUACGGCGUCAUGGAUGCCUUCAACGGAGGCACCCAGGAAACCCAAGAUUGGGCAAUGAGGGGUUUGGACUACCACGGCGGCUCCUCCGAGCUGUCGAUGCUAGUCGGCUCGAGCGGCGGGAGGAUGACGGUGGACGACGGCGAGGCGCCCAAGCUGGAGGACUUCCUCGGCGGCAACUCCUUCUCCGACGUCCAGGACCACGCCGGCAGCUACCUGUUCUCGUCCGGAAGCGCGAUGGGCAGCGGCGCCGCGUCUGGUUCGCACGGCGUAGACGGCCGUGGCGGCAGCACCAUAGAGCUGUCCAUGAUCAAGACAUGGCUCCGGAACGACAAUAACCAGGCGCAGCAUGACCAGGAGAUGAGCGCCGACGCGAGCGCGACCAGCUAUGCGUGCUCCGGCGCGCCAGGGAGCACCGGCAACGGCGUGGGCGUGGCGAGCUCGCGUGGGCAGGGCCUAGCGCUCUCGAUGAGCAUGGGGUCCAACUCGCACCCGCAGAUGCCGGUGGUCCCGGCGGCGGUGGGGACGGAGAGCACAUCGUCGGAGAACAAGCGGGUGGAUUCGCCGAGCGCCGGCACGGCAGACGCCGUCCAGAGGAAAUCCAUCGACACCUUCGGCCAAAGGACCUCGAUCUACCGAGGUGUAACAAGGCAUAGAUGGACAGGGCGGUAUGAGGCGCAUCUCUGGGACAAUAGUUGCAGGAGAGAGGGGCAAACUCGCAAGGGGAAACAAGUUUAUCUGGGCGGUUAUGACAAAGAAGAUAAGGCAGCUAGGGCUUAUGAUUUGGCAGCUCUAAAAUAUUGGGGCACAACCACAACAACAAAUAUCCCAAUAAGUACUUAUGAGAAGGAGAUAGAGGAAAUGAAACAUAUGACCAGGCAGGAGUACAUUGCAUAUCUUAGGAGGAAUAGUAGUGGUUUUUCUCGUGGCGCGUCAAAAUAUCGCGGUGUAACCAGGCAUCAUCAGCAAGGAAGAUGGCAAGCAAGGAUAGGGAGAGUCGCGGGCAACAAGGAUCUCUACCUCGGCACCUUCACGACCGAGGAGGAGGCCGCGGAGGCGUACGACAUCGCCGCCAUCAAGUUCCGGGGCCUCAACGCCGUCACCAACUUCGAGAUGAGCCGCUACGACGUCAAGAGCAUCCUGGAGGGCAGCACGCUGCCGGUCGGCGGCGCGGCCAGGCGCCUCAAGGAGGCGGCCGAGCUCGCCGAGGCCGGCGUGUGGCGGGCGGAGGACGGCAGCAUCGUCUCGCACCUGCAGGCCGACGCCAUGGCGGGGUACCACCACGGCUGGCCCACGUCCAUCGCGUUCGGCAGCCACCAGCAGCAGCAGUCCGCGGCGCAGCUCGCCCUGCACUACCCGUACGGCGUUGGCGGGCAGGCCCGCGGGUGGUGUAAGCCGGAGCAGGACGCGGUGAUCGCGGCCGGGCACGGCGGGCAGGACAUGCAGGAGCUGCACCUGGGGAGCGGCGGCAGCACCCACAACUUCUUCCAGCCGGCGUCGAGGACCGCAGUUUACGGCAACGGCGGUGGCGGCGCCUGGUACCAAGGCCUCGGAGGCAACGCGUACAUGAUGCCGGUGGGCACGGUGGUGGACGCCGACCAGGGGCACAGCGGCAGCACGGCGACUACGGAGGAGGGGAGGCUCGUGGGGUACGGCGCCGAGGCUGGCGUCGACCCGUACGCGGCCAUGAGGCGCGCCUACGAGCUCUCCCAGGGCUCGUCGUCGGUGAGCGUCGCCAAGGUGGCGGACGGCUACUCCAACAACUGGAGCUCGCCGUUCAAUGGCAUGGGGUGAUCGGCCCCCUACGUUGGUGUUACUAAUCAACUGCCACACUUGUUGUAACGUACGUUGUGCGCACGAGUAACUGGAAACCAAUUAAGUUCUGUAAUUUUAGGAUAGUCUAGAGCAGUGCAUGAGCACGAGCGGUGCCUUCUGAAAGGUAGUAAUGGCCAGUGAUCGGUGAAGUAGGAGGACUUUGUAAAUCACCAUCGCUGCGCCGUUAGUUUUGGGGAUUUCAGAAGGGAAAAAUCAAGCUAAUCUAUCAAACAAACUUCCAUGGCUACUUCA